CUCUCUCUCUCUCUCUCUUUGUUGGGGAGUGCGAGGGAGACCGGAAAGGUUGGUUUCUGCGGUCUCAUAUUUCUCGCUGUUUCCAGAGGAAGCUGCCAAAGGAGGCGGAGAAAGUGAUGGAACAGUAGAAGGAGCUGCUCUUGAAAGCGCCAAAGAUCCCACCUUUAGCAACCAAGCCAUGGAGAGGCACAGAUGCAAGCGGUGCUACCGCCGCUUCGCCCAUGGCCGCGCCCUCGCCGGCCACAUGCGCUCCCACCACGUGGUUCCUGUGAGGUUUCCCUGCCCCUUGCCCUCCCCAUCUGUCGCCUCGUCUUCCUCACCUGUGGCUGCAAUGGAGGCCGAGGAGGACGGGAAGGGGCCGGCGACGUAUGCUAUCCGCGAGAAGCGGGUGAAGAGCUUCUGUCUUGCAGACCCAGGAUUCUCCUUCACCUCCGCCUUCGAGGACCGCGAGAGCGACACUGAGUCGUUCCUUCAUCGCUGGCCCAAGCGCCGGCGCAGCGUCCCGGCGGAGGCCCCUGCGGCGGAGCCGCUCAGCUCCGUCUCUGACGUGUCUUCCGAGGAGGCCGUCGCUCGCUGGCUCAUGCUGCUGUCUCGCGACGCGUGGUCUAAGUACGAGGCAGAGGAGCGCAAAUCCAACGGCUGGGACGCGGACGAAGCAGAGAAGUACGUGGAGGAGGAUGGGAUCGGAUCCAGCUCGCGGCGGCGGCGCAGUAGAUUCCGGUGCGGCACGUGCCGGAAGGUCUUCCGAUCAUACCAAGCUCUCGGCGGCCACCGCGCAAGCCACAAGAGGGAGAGGGCGGAACGCGUCCCGACCGCCGCCGUGAUGCGGAUCCACAGCGAGGAUUUCUCUGGCGCUAGCGCGGCCCACCACGACGCCAAGCUCUGGCGGUGCCCUUACUGUUACCGGGUCUUCGGCUCCGGCCAGGCACUCGGCGGCCACAAAAGAACCCACCUUUCCUCCGCCGUCGCCACUUCCCCUGCUCCCCAUCUUCCUCAUCCUCCCUCCCCGUUCGCCGCCGCCCACAGGAACAAUGGCGGCAGAGAUCUCAAUCUCCCAGCUCCAUUGGAGGAAGAGGCGGAGCUCUCGCAACAGAGUUCGCACGCAAGUGACUUCCUGUCGCCAAUUCGAUCACCCUCCGAGACAAAAAAGACGCCAUUUUGGAGGCAAUUCGAAUCAAAUCCUAAGGCAAGGGGCAGCACCAAACUCCAUUCAAGAUCUCUUCUUUUUGAAGCGAGCAUAGGGAACGAGGAUUCAAUUCCAUCAAGCUGACACCAACAAUGAUGAAAACCUGGUGCUCUGUAACCGAGAAAAGACGACGAAGAUGAAGAGUGGGUCAGGUGGAAAAGACGCAGUUUCCAGCUGUUAGUCAGCUUCGACACUGUUUAUUUCACCUCGACAGGAUAGAGUGUAUUUGCAGAUUCGAUUCUGUUUGUUCUCUGAAUCUAAUCAUCCAAGUCUCACAUGCCAAGCUAGAUUUGGAUAUCUAUUAUCCUAUUCAUAUACAUAAUACA